AUGCUUUUCAAAGAGAUCGCUGUCGCUUACUUCUUUGGCCUUGCUGCCUCGUCUCCGGUGCUUGGGGCCCCACCAGCUUCCUCUGACGGACUGCCGGGGGUUGAUUCUGAUAGUUUCAAGCCGGAUUGGAAGACGAUUGAAGCCGACUUCAAAGAACAGCUAUCUAAGACCAAGAAUGGUCAAGCUCUUUCCAAGCGCCUCAACACCCAUAGCGCUACUAAUGUCGGCUUGGGGCAGAUCAUCUAUGCUGCUGGAUCUGCCGCCUACAACCAUGUCAAGAGUAUCUCGAACUGGAAUGAGGCGCGGGAGCAAUUCACUCAGCUCACAACCAAGAUAAUGAUUGACCACAACCCCUACCCAACGGAGGCGGUUGCCGCCAUCUGCUACAACAAAGGCUAUGACGUUAGAGACCGUCGAGGAAUAUAUGGCUUGACCAGUCAGGAGCUUGCUAUCUGGCCUCUCAAGACUGAUUACGACUGUUUCUACAUGGGCAAGAAUAACGCCUUCUGGUCUCAGGGAGACGGUGGCACGAUCAACGCGAGACUUCCCGGCUUCCUUCUCAAAAGCUUUCACUGA